GUCUUCUGUCUCGAUCGCAGGCCCCUUGAAAACACCGAUUGCGGCCGGCCACCCAUCGAUGAACCUGCUGCUCCGCAAAACUUUUGACCUUUACGCCAAUAUCCGCCCCUGCGUGUCUAUCGAAGGCUACAAAACUCCCUACGCCGAUGUUGACAUCGUCACGAUACGAGAGAACACGGAGGGCGAAUACAGUGGGAUCGAGCAUGUGAUUGUUGACGGCGUCGUCCAGAGUAUCAAACUCAUCACCGAAGACGCCAGCAAGCGUAUUGCCGACUUUGCGUUUGAAUACGCCAGAAACAAUCAGAGAAGCAAAGUGACGGCAGUGCAUAAAGCAAACAUUAUGCGAAUGUCUGACGGCUUGUUCCUGAAGAAAUGCAGAGAAGCGGCCGAAAACUGUAAAGAUAUUAAAUUUAAUGAAAUGUAUCUCGACACUGUGUGUCUGAAUAUGGUGCAGGAUCCAACACAGUUUGAUGUCCUUGUGAUGCCCAAUUUGUACGGUGAUAUCCUGAGGUAUAUAUUGGUCCACGGCACAGCUCCGGAUAUUGCCGGGAAGGACUUGGCGAAUCCGACGGCGCUCCUCUUGAGUGCGGUGAUGAUGCUGCGUCACAUGGGGUUGCAGGAAUACGCCACCAAAAUAGAAGACGCCUGCUUCGACACCAUUAAAGAUGGGAAGGUACAUUUUGGCCAGGAAUUGCUUGACUUUGGUGAU